AUGGCCAUACUGAUGAACUAUACUAUUUCAAAAUGGGAAUCGUCAUCUGCUUUACCUUUAACUAUAAAAGUCAUCUUUUUUUCCUUAUUUGCUAUGAUUGUAAUCUUGGCCAUUUGUGGAAAUAGUAUUGUAAUCUGGAUUGUACUGGCACAUCGUCGUAUGAGAACACCAACAAAUUAUUUUCUUGUUAAUCUUGCUUAUGCUGAUGUACUCAAUGCUAUAUUUAAUAUUCCAUUUAAUGUCUAUUAUAUGCUCAAUCAAGUUGCAUGGCCAUUCGGAGAUUUUAUGUGCUCUUUCGUGCAAGCCGUAUCUCAUAUAUCAAUAGCCGCUAAUGUUCUUACCUAUGUAGCGAUUAGUUUAGAUCGAUAUUUCGCAAUCAUACAUCCAUUACGUACGAAAUUAACACACAAGCAAACUAUUAUGAUCAUAUUUGGUAUAUGGAUAUUGUCGUUAUUGGUAUCAUCACCGGCCAUUCUAUCGUUUCGAAUUAUUAAAUCAGCUUGUAAAGUCCUUGAUAUGAGUAUACAUAAAAAGUAUGAAUGGAUUUUCUUUUCGGUAACAUAUGUUGGUCCAAUUGUUAUAUUAACGAUAACAUAUAUGAGAAUUGCUAUUGAACUCUGGGGACAAACUGCUAUUGGAGAAGUAACAAACCGACAACGUGAUUCAAUUCAAUCGAAGCGAAAAGUUGUCAAAAUGCUUAUUGCUGUAGUUUUAAUUUUUGGUCUUUGCUGGUUUCCACAACAAGCUUAUUUCCUGCUUGUUUCUAUCUAUCCAGCUAUUCCAGACUGGCGAGGAACUCCAUAUGUAUAUUUAAUAUCGUAUUUUUUUGCCAUGAGUAAUUCAAUUUAUAAUCCAUUUCUGUAUUGUUGCAUGAACAAUAGAUUCCGUAAUGGUUUCCGCAGUGCAUUUCGUUUUUGUCCAUGUGUAUCAGCAUCAACUGAUUUUUUUUCACAAUCAUAUGUGUCCUGUCGUAGGUUCUCAGAACCGGCAGCACUCGGUGUGGUGUAUUCGGCACAACAUAAAACUAGAACAAUGAAUCCGGCGAAUGUACAUCGAACAACAAUGUCGGAAAUAUCGAUUAAACUCAAUCGACAUCAUUGA